CGCCGCGUCUGUUCCCGCGCGAGGCUCGCUUUGUUAAUUCGAAACGGGAGACCCGUUCGUCCUCGCGCGAUCGUUUCCCGAAAUUUAUCCGAGGUCCUACGCCGUGUCGAUUGGAGCCCAAUCUGCCUAAUGUGAAACAAUGGCAGAUCGCAGCCAGUCGAGCGACAUCGAUCGCCUAUCCGAGGCGGUGAGAAACCUGCUGAAAUCCCUGGAGUGUACGAUUUGCUUGGAACUCAUGACAGAACCUACCAAGACACGGUGUGGUCAUUCAUUUUGCAAGUCCUGUAUAGGAGAAGUGUUAAGGAAGAGAAACACAAAUUGUCCGCUGUGCAAGACAAGUCUGAAUAGACGAAGUAUUUCCAAGGACGAUCAUCUACAGAGUUGUAUCAAGAAGUUCAAUAGACUCGUUAUUGCCAUUGAGACUGACACCUGUAUCGACAUACUAUCGCACUCAAAAUUGCCGCAAGAUACCAAGGAGAGCUGUUCUUCGGAUACUAGACAAUUUAGCCGAGAUUCUACAAACAACAAAGAAGAGUCGUCUAAGAAAGAGAGAAGAUCUAGUCGUCAAUUGAAUCAAGACAUGAACUGGCAAACCGACAAACCGUCGACAAGUCGCGGAACAAUGAUUGAUCGGUACGAUUCAGACGUGAAGCCUGUAACUUUAUCGCGCCUCUCCCGUGCUGGCGACGACGACGAUGACGAAAGUGACAAUGCGUUUUACAAAACAUCGGAUAUGAAAGUUCGCACGUGGCUACACUCGUUUCCCGAUAAAUCCAACACCGAUGAUUGGAUCGAGAAAAGCGAAACGCCGUCGAUCGCGGACAAAGUCAGGCCAAUGAAUCCAAUAUCCGACGACGGUAAAUCAGACGAGCUCUUCGAGGUAGAUCGCGACAGGGUCGACGCAAGUCGCAGGCCAAAUCGGGAAGACAAAGAACGGAGCACGGAUUGCCUAGAGCGUAUCGGCGAAGACGACAACAAUCACGACGAAGCAUCGUCCCAGGUGAAUAAAGGGGCGAGGCAGAUUGGCAAAGUAAUAGAGAUCGAUUCCACUGAAGGUGGAUUGAAAUACAACGCGUCUCACGCGAGAAUUCGCGCGAGGGAAAAUCGUGAAAAGGAUACGAGAGUGAGGUCGGAUAUUGGGGAGGAGAUAUCGGUCAAUCAACAAGAUAACUCGUCGUCGUCGGCGCAUGAUCGGCUCGCAGCGUCUGCGCCUUCUUGUCUGGUCGCCGCCGAGCAAUCCGCGAACUGGUCCCGCGUGCUCGAGUUUGGCAAGGAGAUGAAACGCGCGAAAAAGAGAAAGGUGAAGAAGCUGAACGUGAGCACCGAAAAGAACAAAAAGCCACCCAGGAUAAUAGAGAAUAUCAAGCUGUCGCCAAACAACAAAUACAAUGUGGCUAAAAUUACAGCGGAUUAUAACAAAAGCGAGAAAGAAGCAGGUGCAUCUAAUCAGUUAAAGUCGAACGGUCGGGAACAGGAUGCAAUUGAUAAGAGAUCGGAUUUGUCAGGCGCGAAGGCGUCGAGUGCGAAUACGCAAGCGAAAUUACUCGACGCAGAUAAGACCGAGAGCCCGUCUUAUUCCACGAUGAGCACGUCGUACCUCACGCUGGAAGACGGCAGGAAAAUAGGUCUGAUGAACGUGAACAACGAUCAGAUGACCAAGAUUAUCGAUCUCGAGAACGCCGCGGGAAAUUCUGAAGAUCGACGUUGCGAGGAAAACGACGUCAAUUACCGUGAUUCGUUGCUGUCGCCGCAAAAGAAACUCGCCGCACCGACGCCGAAGAAACUCGACGAAUCUGUACGUGAGAAUCGCGAAAUGGUCCGUGGUGUCUCGCAAACUUCUGCCGACAACUUGGGAAGUUCGCCCCGCCUGUCAGCCGAAAAACGGACUCCCAAACCUCGAGAGACCGGUAAUGUUCACGGAGAAUCGAGUGCGGCCACUUCUUCUCAAUUACAAUCCUCGUCGCCGAACAGGGGUAGAUUAUCCUUGGGAAGAAAGGGAACCGGCGAUAACAAGGACGGACAUUCGCCGUUGCUAAGUCAAGUUCCGCUGUCAUACAGAUUAUCGAUCAGCAAAUGGCACGAAGAAGACGGCAAAGGCGUCGAUUCGCCGGGACCCAACGACCGCCAGGAGCAGUUUGAUCGAUUGAGAGCCGUGAGACGUGACUUGAACUUCAAGAACUUAAUCCACGAAGAUCAACAACAAACCGACCGACGUACGGAACCCGCCGGCGCAUUAAAAGGCAUAAUCGAAGUCGGAGAUAACGAUGGAAACGUUUCCGGAAUUGUUCGUCAGGACAAGAAGCUCCGUCGCAGUUUUAUUGGCGAAUCUACAGCGACAAAGAAGUUCAGCUUGUCGAGGAAAUCGACAAGUUUCGAGGAUCGAUCGAGGGAAUGCCGAUCGCUCGUGAAAUUUCUACAACUGGGUUCCUUAAUUAGGCGGCGUAAUAUCCAGUACUUUUUCCUAGGCAGGACAAAACGCGAGCUGUCGAUGCCAGCGGAAGUUCAAAUUACUCCGGUGUACAAUAUGCAGCAAUUGGAAUCAAUGGUCAACAAAUCCGAGAUACAUAUAACGACAUCCGCUAAUCUAUGGAACGAUUCGGAAAACUCAAAUCAUACCGUGAUAGAGAACAAUUGUUUCGCGAAUAAUUCGAAUACUUUGAAUCGAACGAUUUCAAAAGAACUUCCCGCGGCAUCGUCGAUUUGUGAAGCUUCCGCGACCUCGACACCAAAGAAAGAUAUUGAUUCUCAUUUAAACCGAAAGAGCAUGACGACUGCACGAUCUUCGACGAGCGCAAAUCAAAUACGAUCGGAUAAGUCGAACGACAUCGUUACUAAGGAAGGCGUACGAUCUCCUAAUAGAAUAUCUUGCGCAAACAAGAGCGCAAACGAGAUUUCGCAUACUCGUUCAGCUAUGUCAAAUCCCAUUAAACUGUUGUCACCGGACAAAGAUUCGCAGCUGAAGUUUCUGGCGAUCGACUCCCCAACGAGCGAGCGCGAGGAGUUGAGGCGCGCGAGCUCGAUUAAAUCUGACGACAAAGGCAACAACUUUUCUGAAAUGAAAAAUUCACGCCUCGCGCCGUCUACGCUGGGCGAGGCGCAGGGAUCUUUCAUCGAAAAGCCUCAUAAAAAGAGGAAAAGAAUGAGAUGUGCCAGUGACAGAGAGAUAUUCGAAAAAGCGACCAGCGGUAGAGACGAUUCCAGCCAUGACUCGGCCAGUGACAGCAGUCGAAGUACGAUAAAACUUGCCAGGGAAUUAUCGACGAAGGCGAGACUGAAUCGUUCGAAUGCGAGUAAAAAACGUUGUUUGAGUUCCUCGAGCGAUCAGGAGGUCGACGUGAUCUCAUUGUUUCCUGAAAAACGGCCUAAAAGGAAAUGGGAGUCUCAUAGCUCGGACUCAGAACCGGAAGCGGCAAUGCCUGUUACGAAAAAUUUAAAAAGAAGACACAGCGACGAUCAAUGCGCCCAGCACGAAGCAUCGAUUGCCGAUGCGGCUACGAAAAAAUGUCGGGCAAGACAGGAUUCGGAAGAUGAAACGAUUUCAAAUAUUCAGAAGUUAGUUGAUGAAUACAGCAACAAACACGAUGGGCAAGAGAAAUUGACGAAGGAAAGUAAAGAUACUCAGAAUAGCGUCAAAUCAAUAAGAAACCCAUCCGAAGAAAACGCGGCGAGCCAUCAAUCGUCUCGUUCGAGUAAUACACUCAAGAUGGAGAAGCGCAACAAGAACGCAAAGUCAAGCCAGAAAAGUUCCGCGAGGGAGUCAGAUAUGUUCGAGAGCAGUAGCUUGUUCAAUUCGGAAAAUGUGGAGUAUAUACUCUCGCAACAUCCGGCAAGGUUGAACGCGAACGAUACGCCGAAGAAAACCGUAGAUUCCUCUAACGACGACAUCAUAAACAGAGUGCUGCAGAUCGAUCGAUCGCGAGGUAAUCUCGACACAUGUCAACCACCCGAGUCUGCUCCGCGGAAUGACACUGCAAAUCAAAGGGCAACGGAUAACCGAGACUUGCUACAGGAGAAGGACAGUUUCGACGAGAUCAUCGCCAAUGUCGAGCAACCACAAAGCGACGAUUUCAUACCUUGUACCGAACAGUCGGAUCGCAAUCCCAAACGCCCGUUGGCGAAACAGAAAACGUCGGGCUGUCUUGCGAUGACGGAUGAAUCGUAUGGUACCAUGCAGGAAACUCUAAACAUACCCCCGUCAUCGACGAACGACAUGUUCGAGUACCAUUCUCCUAGAAAAGUUAGGAAGCCACCUGCGACAGAUGUUAUUUCAAGAAAUUCUGACAAGGAGAACGUAGUCUGCAGCUACGUGAGUGACCAGAGAGACAGAAAAGACGUAACGGCGGACGCCAAUGCGAUCGACAAAGACUCCCGUAAAAAAAUCGUAUCGAAGAAUAAUAAUACAUCACGAGAGAAGGAAAAGUUUCUCGAAGAACGUGAUACCUCGGUACAAUCGGCGGGUCGGCUACGCGUCAAUAACGAUGAAGCGCAGAGAGCAACAGCUACUGGCAAUGAAUCAAGUUCAAAGGAUGAUACUUUCGAGCAGGAUUCGCUCAUGAAUAUUACGCAGCAUCAAGCUCAACUGCAAAUGUUUGAGGAGGAUCUGUUCGGCAUUGCGGCUCGAAAUCGAAUGAAAACGACAAAAAUACUCCCGGAUGACUCGUCCCAAAAGGAGUUACGUACUCCAAAAAAGAGAAAGCAGAACACUCAAGAUAAAAAUACGGAGCUAGAAGAACACUCCGCCGGCGAAGACGAUAUUGUGGAGAACACUCCUGAGAAAAAGAUGAACAGCGGAAACAACGUUAAAGCGAUUGAAUCGAAGGAAUGUACAAAUAUUACGUUUUUAUCGCCAAUCUCGAAUGCCAACAAACAGACACCGAGUACAUCGGUAGGAUGCCCUUUACGAAACUCAAGUAAAGCUACGCCGAAUUCGUUGUAUCCGUCUUCUCAAAGUACGCCAAAAAUACCGUACAAUUCCAACCGUUCUGACUUAUUCGGAGAAUGCAAGAAAACCGAGCAUAUAGAAAACGAUAGUGUCUUACUGGUGAAGCCAUGGUUGGUGGACACGAAAAAGGUAGAAAACAUCCGUCGGAUACUUGAUGACAAACGAGACCUGCGCUUCGUAUGCACUGGCUUAUCGACGACCCAAAUCACCACCGUGAAGGAAUUUGCGGCUAAAUACAACGCAAGCUACGUGAAUCAGUUCGAUCGUGACGUGACACAUGUUAUCGUGAGAACUACCGGCGAACAGAACGAAGCGCACAGCACGUUAAAAUACCUGCAGGGUAUCGCCCAUCGGAAAUGGGUUGUCAGUUAUAGGUGGAUCGAGAACUGUAUCAAACAAAAUAAACUGCUGGACGAGGUUCCUUAUGAGGCUACUACCGUACAGAAUGAUGGUGUUAACGGCGCCGGGCCUCGUAACUCGAGAUUACGCGACAAGGGUCUCUUUGAGGGCUUCACGUUCAUGUGCGUCGAACCGUACAACAACGUUUCGCUGAAACAGUAUCAGGACUUGUUACUUGCUACCGGAGCUGUAGUGGUCGAGGGAAUCGACCACCUCGCUAAGAUGGGAGGCAUGAAGGGCAUUGUGGUCCAAGAGAAUGUUUAUGACGACAAACAAAUUGACUAUUGGUAUCAUACUGCCCAUGCAGCACUUAUUUGUGUGGAUUGGAUAGUGGAAUGUAUUGGCCAUUACAAAUUAUUUAAGCUAAUGCCUUAUAUCAUACAUCUCUCGUCGCAAGAAUUGUGUGCCAUUGGUUAUCAUCGAGAUCUCGUAGAGGAAGAUGAGGAGUACAGCGAUGAUGAGUAGAAAGAUAAAUGUAUUUUUUGUUAAUUGUUAAUACAUAUCAUCACAUUUAGUAUUUUCAACAGAAUGAUAGAAAUAGUUAUGAUAGUAUUUCAUAUUUACUGUAUACUACACAUGUAAAUUCUUGUUAUAUCUGUCGAUAUGAUGAUAUUAAUUGUAUCUGACUUUCUCGUUUCUAUUUUUGUAUACAGUAUAUAUGUGUUCGAAAGUGUUACUAAAUAAUUUAUUUAUGCUUUUCUAAAAAGAGUACUCGUUUUUUUGUGCA